UGCAAUAUUAAGAUUAAGAUUUAAUCACUUUGCCACAGAAUGCAGUUGGGACCAUAUGUAUGUUUAUGAUGGAGAUUCAAUAUAUGCACCUUUAAUAGCUGUAUUUAGUGGUCUAAUAGUCCCUGAGGUGCGGGGAAAUGAAACUGUUCCUGAAGUAGUUACUACAUCUGGCUAUGUGUUGCUACACUUUUUUAGUGAUGCUGCUUAUAACCUAACUGGAUUUAACAUAUUUUACUCCAUUAAUUCCUGUCCUAACAAUUGCUCUGGGCAUGGGAAGUGUACAACUAGUGUUUCCAUUCCAAGCCAAGUGUACUGUGAGUGUGACAAAUAUUGGAAAGGCGAAGCCUGUGAUAUUCCAUACUGUAAAGCUAACUGUGGGAGCCCAGAUCAUGGCUACUGUGAUCUGACAGGCGAGAAGCUGUGUGUGUGCAAUGACAGCUGGCAAGGCCCUGAUUGUUCUUUGAACGUUCCUUCCACGGAGUCUUACUGGAUUCUACCAAAUGUAAAGCCAUUCAGUCCUUCUGUAGGUCGGGCUUCUCAUAAAGCAGUUCUACAUGGAAAAUUUAUGUGGGUGAUUGGUGGAUAUACCUUUAACUACAGUUCAUUUCAAAUGGUAUUAAACUAUAAUUUAGACAGCAACAUAUGGAAUGUAGUACCUGUAUCAAAAGGACCUCUCCAGAGAUAUGGACACAGUCUUGCUUUAUAUCAGGAAGACAUCUACAUGUAUGGAGGCAAAAUUGAAACACAUAAUGGGAAUGUCACUGAUGAGCUGUGGAUAUUCAACAUAAACAGUCAAACAUGGAGUACCAAAAUUCCUGCAAUACUUGUACAUGGCCAACAGUAUGCUGUGGAGGGUCACUCAGCGCAUAUAGUAGAGUUGGACAGCAGAGAUGUUGUCAUGAUCAUCAUUUUUGGAUACUCUGCAGUGUAUGGUUACACAAGCAGUGUGCAAGAGUACUAUAUCAGAUCAAAUUCAUGGCUUGUGCCAGAAACAAAAGGAGCAAUUGUGCAAGGUGGAUAUGGUCAUACUAGUGUCUAUGAUGAAAUGACAAAGUCCAUUUAUGUUCAUGGUGGAUACAAAGCAUUACCUGGCAAUAAAUAUGGAUUGGUGGAUGACCUUUAUAGAUAUGAAGUUAAUAAGAGGACAUGGACUAUUUUGAAAGAGAGUGGUUUUGCAAAGUAUCUUCAUUCAGCUGUCUUAAUAAGUGGAGCUAUGCUGAUUUUUGGUGGAAAUACCCAUAAUGAUACUUCUCUGAGUAAUGGUGCAAAGUGCUUUUCAGCUGACUUUCUGGCAUAUGACAUAGCUUGUGAUGAAUGGAAAAUUUUACCAAAACCUAAUCUGCAUCGAGAUUUGAACAGAUUUGGACACACUGCAGUUGUCAGUAAUGGGUCCAUGUACAUAUUUGGGGGUUUUUCAAGUGUUCUGUUGAAUGAUAUCCUUGUGUACAAGCCUCCAGACUGUGAAGCAUUCAGACAAGAAGAACUGUGUAAAAAUGCUGGUCCAGGGAUAAGAUGUCUGUGGAACAAAAACCAUUGUGAAUCCUGGGAAUCUGGACAUGCUAACAAUGUCCUUGAAGCAAAAUGUACCAGAAAAACAGCUGCUGCAGAUGACAGAUGUUACAAAUAUGCAGACUGUGCCAGUUGUACCGCUAAUACAAAUGGUUGCCAGUGGUGUGAUGACAAGAAGUGCAUUUCAGCAAACAGUAACUGCAGUGUGUCAGUCAAAAACUACACCAAAUGUCAUGUGAGAAAUGAACAGAUCUGUAAUAAAUUGACCAGCUGUAAAAGUUGCUCACUAAACCUGAACUGCCAGUGGGAUCAGCGGCAGCAAGAAUGCCAGGCUUUACCAGCUCAUCUGUGUGGGGAAGGAUGGAGUCACAUUGGCGAUGCCUGCCUUCGCAUAAAUUCUAGUCGUGAAAGCUAUGACAAUGCCAAACUAUACUGCUACAGUUUGAGUGGGAAUCUUGCCUCAUUAACAACCUCAAAAGAAGUGGAAUUUGUUCUGGAUGAAAUACAGAAGUAUACAAUUCAGAAAAUAUCACCUUGGGUAGGUUUGCGCAAGAUCAACAUCUCCUACUGGGGAUGGGAUGACAUGUCUCCUUUCACGAAUACAACACUGCAAUGGCUUCCUGGAGAACCAAAUGACUCUGGCUUCUGUGCAUAUCUAGAAAGAGCAGAGGUGUCAGGGCUGAAAGCGAAUCCAUGCACCGCUAAGGCAGAUGGUCUUGUCUGUGAAAAACCUGUUGUUAGUCCUAAUCAAAAUGCUAGACCUUGCAAAAAAACAUGUUCCCUGAGAACAACAUGUUCCAACUGCACGAGCAAUGGCAUGGAGUGUAUGUGGUGUAGCAGUACAAAACGAUGCGUUGACUCAAAUGCCUAUAUAAUUUCCUUUCCAUAUGGACAGUGCCUAGAGUGGCAAACUGCCACCUGCUCUCCUCAAAACUGCUCUGGAUUGAGGACCUGUGGACAGUGUUUGGAAGAGCCUGGAUGCGGGUGGUGCAAUGAUCCCAGUAAUACAGGAAAAGGGCAUUGUGUAGAAGGAUCUUCAAGAGGACCAAUGAAACUUGUUGGAGUGCACUCCAAUGAAAUGGUUCUUGACACUAAUCUUUGUCCAAAAGAGAAAAAUUAUGAAUGGUCUUUCAUCCACUGUCCAGCUUGCCAGUGUAAUGGGCACAGCACCUGCAUCAAUGGCAAUAUUUGUGACCAAUGUAAAAACCUAACUACAGGAAAACAGUGUGAAACAUGCAUCGCAGGUUACUAUGGAGAUCCAACAAAUGGAGGCCAAUGUACAG